AUGGCUGGUAAAGAGGCGACAGUCUACAUCCUAGAUCUGGGGCGGUCAAUGGGUGAAAAGAGACAUGGCCGCGAUCAGACAGACCUGGAUUGGGCGUUGGAGUAUGUGUGGGACAAGAUUACCACUACUGUAAGUCGACGUUCAUUUGGAGAUUUAGUUGCGUCAGGCAGGAAGACCGCGCUGAUGAGCGUGAUUGGCUGCCGGACAGAUGAGACUGGUCUUAAUGGUGUCAUGGAAGAAGGGGAAGGAUAUGAGAAUAUCAAGGUUUUCUCAGAUUUGAAGCAAUAUCUACUCGGCGAUAUUCGGAUGCUGCAAGACCAACUGAAACCAAGCAAAACAGAUAGCGGCGAUCUGCUUUCUGCUCUUGCGGUAGCUGUUCACAUGAUUGACAAUGGGACACAAGGUGCCAAAGGCAACCCAUUGAAGUACGAUCGCAGGGUGAUCAUUGUGACUGACGGUCGCGGUCAAAUGGACACAGGCGAUCUCGAAGAAAUGGCGGCGAAGAUCAAAGAUCCGGCUGCUCCAUUCGAGAUCGUGUUGCUCGGUCUCGAUUUUGAUGACGAAGAUGUGGGUUAUAAAGAGGAGGGCAAGAACGCGGAAAAGGCAAAGAACGAAGCUAUAUUGAAAAGCUUUAUAGACGACUGCGAUGGCAACUUCGGCACACUUGCGACAGCCGUCGAUCAACUUCAUACACCGCGUCUCAAGGAAACCCGCCCUGUUCAGAGCUACAGAGGCUCGCUUACAUUGGGAGAUGCUAGCAAGUACGAGGCCACCAUUACCAUUGACGUCGAACGAUAUCCAUGUACUAUGAUAUCAAAGCCGCCCACAGCAAGUACGUUCGCAGUACGAACGGAUCCGGGCCCAUCGGGGCAGUCAUCGGCGACUGUCGUGGGCGAAGACCAGCCGAUGCCCGAUCUGGCAGCUGUCCACAACCAGCGCCUCUACCAAGUGGACAACCUGGAUGAGCCUGGUCUGAAGAACCCUGUUGAGCUUGACGAGCUAGAGCGCGGCUAUGAAUACGGCAGAACUGCAGUGCACAUCUCAGAGUCCGAUAUGAAUGUCGUCAAACUAGAAACCCAACAGUCUCUAGAAUUGGUCGGCUUUGUAAAGAUGGAGGAGUUCGAGCGUUAUCUUCCCAUUGGUCGCUCCAACUUCAUCGUACCGCAGAAGGCCAAUACCCAAGCACAGCUCGCCCUAUCUUCGUUCAUUCACGCUCUCUACGAAGCCGAUUGCUAUGCGAUCGCAAGACUGGUGGCAAAAGACCUCAAACCUCCAGUGUUGCUGCUCCUUGUUCCCCGUAUCGAGCUGGAGUGGGAGGCUCUGGUCGAUGUUGAGCUACCUUUCGAGGAAGACAUGAGACGGUACAAGUUCCCACCGUUAGAUCGAAAGCUCACAGUCAGUGGCAAAACUAUCACAGAGCAUAGAGACUUGCCUACCGACAAGCUCCUUGACGCAAUGAGCGACUAUGUCGAUGCAAUGGAUCUAUCAACAUUUGGCCGCGACGAAGAGGGUAACCCAGAGGAGUACGCGAAACCAGAGGAUACGUUUUCACCCCUUGUCCACCGCAUUGGGCAUGUGAUAAAAUGGCGAGCGACGCACCCCGACCCUACGCUGCCUAUUCCCGAUCCACCCGAGAUCCUAAUGAAGUACUCCGCGCCACCAGCAGAGCUCCUCGCUGCAUCGGAAAAGCAAAUGAAGAGGUUGAUGGAAGCAGCAGAUGUCAAGAAAGUCCCACCAAAGGUCAAAGGUCGAGGAAAACGCCAGCGUGGAGAUCGCGACAAGCCCCUCUCCGGUCUCGAUGUUGACGCACUCCUCGGCAACCCCAAGCGUGUCAAGAUCGAAACCAACAACCUCAUACCCUCAUUCAAGCAAGCCCUGGCCGCGUCUGACGACAUGGAGUCUAUCCAAGAAGCUGUGGACGAUGUUGCUAAGGAGAUCCGCGGCCUUAUCAGCAAUAGUGUGGGCGAUAAUGCUUAUGGGCGCGCACUGGAGGCUAUUCGCGUCAUGCGCGAGGAGCUUAUUGAGCUCGAGGAGCCAGACAUAUACAAUCCCUUCAUCAAGCAAUUGAAGGAAGAUAUCCUGGGCGGCAAGCUGAGUGGCAAUCGUCGCGAUAUGUGGUGGAAGAUCAAGGGGAGCAAGUAUGGACUUGUGGAUUUGAACAGGUGCCACACUAGCGCUGUGACUGAGGAUGAAGCGAGGAGAUUUUACGAGAUCUGA